GGUUCGUAAUCUAGAACCCCUUCCUGGUCUGUGCGGCAGUGUGUCGCAAUGGCUGUGAGAGACGGUGUUGUGAUUUUGCUUGCUAGUUUCAGCCUCGUUACAGGUACUGCUACAAACGUUGCCCUGAAUAAACCCGCAUUGAUGAGUUCAGCCUUGGACGGAAAUCAUCCUGCCAGCAAAGCUGUCGAUGGAGACACAAGUGCAGAACAUCAAAUAUAUGUAGCCCACACCGGGACAGGUCAAACUAUUGCCUGGUGGAAGGUGGAUCUGCAGACACAAGUACAAUCAGCACGGAUUAUCCUGUACUUCAGAACAAACUACAAGUAUAGACGUAAUGGCGUGCAACUGUACACAUCCGGGAAAAAUUCAUCUGAACCCACAGAAGGAAAUCUAUGCCACACUGUAACAGGGCGUCGUGACGGUACAGGCAUCGGUGAUGUACUAAAUGUGACCUGUCUUGGGACCUGGCGCUACCUGACAGUCUACACAGAGACUGAUAAUGAUGGUUAUGGCGCCAUAUUAGACUUUGAUGAGGUGCAGGUGUGGACAUGUCUUGUGGGCAUGUAUGGAGUCAACUGUAACAAGGCCUGUAACUCCCGCCACUGCUACGGUUCAACCGAGUCAUGUGAUUCAGUCACCGGGGCGUGUUCAAGUGGACAGUGCCAGACAGGAUGGACAGGAACUGACUGUGCAGUCUGUGUGGAUGGAAAGUACGGUCCAAGCUGUGCCAGAGACUGCAGCUCCAGUCAUUGCAAGGUACUCCCUUCCACGUGUGAUCGUAUCACUGGAGCCUGUCUUCCUGGUGGAUGCCAGGACGGAUGGAUGGGGGCGGACUGCUCCACAGUGUGUGCGGGUGGAACGUAUGGUCCCAGCUGUGCCAGGUACUGCAUCUCCAGACAUUGCAAGAUAAAAACUACCAAGUGUGACCAUGUCAAUGGAGCCUGUCAAGGUGGUGGAUGUGAUGAUGGAUGGAUGGGAGUGGACUGUACUGCAGUGUGUGCCCCUGGACAGUACGGUGCCAACUGUGCCAAAGACUGCAGCUCCCGACAUUGUAAGACGUCUUCCUCGACAUGUGACCGAAUCAGUGGAGCCUGUCCAACUGGUGGAUGUGAUGCUGGAUGGAUGGGGACAGACUGUACUACAGUGUGUGCCCCUGGACAGUACGGUGCCAACUGUGCCAAAGACUGCAGCUCCCGACAUUGUAAGACGUCUUCCUCGACAUGUGACCGAAUCAGUGGAGCCUGUCCGACUGGUGGAUGUGAUGCUGGAUGGAUGGGGACAGACUGUACCACAGCGUGUACCAAUCUGAUGUACGGCCCUAACUGUGUCAGUUCCUGCAGUGCCCGACAUUGUAAAACAAAGUCAUCUACAUGUGACGGAGUGUCAGGAGAGUGUCUUGGUGGCUGCGAAGAUGGGUGGACAGAAAUAGACUGCUCCAGUAAGUGCCAUGCUGGCUAUUAUGGCCAAAACUGCCACCUGAAAUGUGAUGAUAGACAUUGUACCAGUGCAUCCUGUACUGGCGAUGGAGCAUGUAGUGCUGAAUGUGAGCCGGGCUGGACUCUCCGGGACUGCACACAAGAGUGCCCCAGUGGAACAUAUGGCAUCAUCUGUAACAAAACCUGUGGCCAGUGUGCUAACGACGACACAUGCCAUCAUGUUACUGGGAUCUGUGCUGAUGGAUGUGAGGCAGGGUGGCAAGGUGACCUGUGUCAGAAAGGUUGUGGCAAAGGCACAUUCGGGUCCAACUGUGAGAGUCGCUGCGGCAACUGUAACGGGACAUGUAAUGUUGUUGAUGGAAGAUGCCUCUGGGGUUGUACCGAGGGAUACAAUGGUCCUCGCUGCUCUGUGGAGCUUCCUCUCUGUGUUGCCAAAAUUGGCGUCAUUGGAAGGAGCUAUAGGAAUGGCUAUAGGAAUGGCGGUCAUGCUGCUGCUGGUUGUUGUUCUGUUCAUGUGUCUGCUGAAACAUGGAAGACUGAAAUGGAUUCCCUCAAAUGGAGCAGAUCCAAAAGAAGGAAGAAAGACAGGUUACACUGAGGAAAUUCCUACUCACACGCCAACUCCUGGCGUGGGGGAUCCAGACUAUACUGAACUGAAUGAUGUCACCAGGGAGAGAGAGGAGAAGUCACAGUACGAUGUCAUUCAGAACCAAGUGUA